AGCUGCCACUGACCAUCAUAUGUAUCUGUGACCUCUCUCCUUACUCUGCACAUGUAAUUAGUUCAUCAUCACAUCCUCUGGAAUUAAGUGAUCUACAGCGUGACCCACCUGCUCACUGCUCCGCCGGACCUGUGGGAGACGACCUGUUCCACUGGCAAGCAACUAUUAUGGGACCUCCUGAUAGCGCAUAUCAAGGCGGAGUCUUCUUUCUCACUGUACAUUUUCCAACAGACUAUCCUUUUAAACCACCAAAGAUUGCUUUCACAACAAAAAUUUAUCAUCCAAACAUAAACAGUAAUGGAAGUAUUUGUCUUGAUAUCCUGAGGUCACAAUGGUCACCAGCUCUGACUGUAUCAAAAGUUUUAUUGUCCAUAUGUUCUCUACUUUGUGAUCCUAAUCCAGAUGACCCCUUAGUACCAGAUAUUGCACAAAUCUAUAAAUCAGACAAAGAAAAAUACAACAGACACGCAAGAGAAUGGACUCAGAAAUAUGCAAUGUAAAAUAAAAAUAAAUUUCAUAUAUACCAGAGUACUGUAAAAUCUAGGUUUUUUUCAAUAUUAACAGUAAAUUGAGCACUGUUUACUGUUUCAUUGCAUCAUGAAAUCCUUUGAUUUUUAUCCAUUUUAAAUGUAUUUCUGAAGCAAGACUAAACAAACUUCCAAAAAUACCCUUAAGACUGUGAUGAGAGUCUUUUUGUAUGCAUUGAGAAAGACAUUUAUUAUGGAUUUUAAGAUACUUGGACAUCUGCAUCUUCAGCUUACAAGAUCUACAAAACAUCUGAAAAGUAACCAAAUUAUUUUUUGCUGAAAUUAGAUGUUUUUACAUGAGAAAUACUGUAUGUGUUGUCUGUGUCGUCAGUUUUAUAAAUCUAUUCAGAUUUCAUUCUUUGUUAGCUCACUUUAUAAUUUGUAUUUUUUUACUGUAUAGACUAAAUAUAUUCUAUUUACAUGUAUGUCAACUCAUUACUUUUUUCCUGUGAACAGUAUUGAAAAAAACCGAACAGCUGAUAAUUAAAUGAAUUAACUGUCUGUCUCCCUUGUCUUAGGGUUUUCUGUGUAGAUCAAUUGCAGAUUUCUUAAACCUGAAUGAUCUUUACACUGUAAUUCUCAGUAUACUGAUUAUGGAGAAACACUUGUUUUGAUUUUGUUAUACUUGACUUAACUUUAUUGCAAUGUGAAUUAAUUGCACUGCUAAGUAGGAAGAUGUGUAACUUUUAUUUGUUGUUAUUCACAUUUGAAUUUUUUUCUGUAUAGGCAAUAUUAUAAUGACACCUUUUACAGAUCUUAAUGUAGCUUUUCCAUAUAAAUAAAAUGCUUUUUCUACUA